GUCUGCUACUAUUAUGGCUACCAUACAUAAUACGUUGAUCUGACGUUGAUGGUGGACCUGAAUUAAGCUGAUAAGAACAUAUCGCUUGUAGAUACUUCGACAAUAAUAUAUGAUUAUUGUUCAUUAAAAGAUUAAGAGUGUAUUUUCAUACACAACUAUAAAAAUAGAUUUUUAAAAAUGGUUACUGGCCGAGCGUUACAUUAUGUAUUUAAAAUACCAGAUCGAAAACUAACAGCGAAAUUUUAUCGUGAAAUUCUUGGGAUGAAGGUGUUACGUCAUGAGGAAUUUGCUGAAGGUUGUGAAGCAACUUGUAAUGGACCAUAUGGGAAUAGAUGGAGCAAAACUAUGAUAGGAUAUGGAACAGAAGAUACUCAUUUCGUGAUAGAAUUAACUUACAAUUAUGGGAUUAAAGAAUAUAAAAUGGGAAAUGAUUUUGGUGGGAUAACAAUCCGAUCUAGAGAAGCACUUCAAAGAGCACGUUCAGAUGGAUGGCCUAUGAAGGAAGAAAAUGGAAAAUUUGUUUUACAAGCACCUGGUGGUUACAAAUAUUAUGUUAUUGAUGAACCACAACCUUUAAAUAAAGAUCCUAUAGAAAAAAUUACUUUAUCUAGUUCAAACCUUCAAAAAACUAUUGUCUAUUGGAAAGAUAUUUUGAAUUUAAAGGUAUUUAACCAAACUAAAAAAAGUGUAUUAUUAGGAUAUAGUGAAGAUCAAGCACAGAUUGAAUUUGAAGACAUUGGUACUGAAGUUGAUCAUGCCGCAGCUUAUGGACGCAUAGCAUUUUCAGUUCCUCAUACAGAACAACCAGAAAUUCAGAAGAAGAUCAAAGAUAAUGGAUAUAAAAUAUUGACUGACUUAAUCACUUUAGAUACUCCAGGAAAAGCUUCUGUGAGAGUUAUUAUUCUUGCUGAUCCAGAUGGUCAUGAAAUUUGCUUUGUAGAUGAUGAAGCAUUUCGACAGUUAUCAGUUCCAGACUAUCCUAGUGAAGCAAUUUUAAAUAGAUAUAUUUCAAAAGAAAAGUAAACUAUUAAAUUGUACUUUCAAAAUCAUAUUUCUUUUGAAAGAGCAAUAUUUUAUUCCAGUAUUUUUAAGGCUGUGUUAAUAAUAUUUUGUUUUAAAAAAAGAUAUAGUUUAUGGUAAUGGUAAUUUUCUCAGUACAUAAAAAAUGAACUUUAAUUAGUAAGUUAAGUGUAUAACAAUUAACACCAAUUUUGAAUAUUUAUUAAUUUUG